GAUGAGAUAAUGUUGGCAGCUGCUGUAAGAGGACUAAGAGAUAUAGUGAAAGAAGCUAUUGAAAUGGAAGCAAAUGUAAAUGAUCAACACUUAGAUAGAGAUGACUUACUUUUGACUUCAGCUGAAAAUGGUGAUAUAGAAAACGUAACUCAAGCAAUUACAUCAGGUGCUAAUGUCAAUGUUCAUCAUCCUAAGAAGGAUCAGAUAACAGCUCUACAUCUAGUUUCCAAAGGAGGUCAUUAUAACAUCGUACAGCUACUGCUAAACUUCAAAGCAGAUCCCAAUAUUUGUGAUGAGCAUGGACUAACACCAGCACAUCAUGCAUCACAGAAGGGUCGUGUUGAUGUUCUAAAGCUAUUAAAUGAAGUGGGACGAGUUGAUAUAAAUGCUAUAGAUAAUCAUGGAAAAACACCAGCACAUCAUGCAUCACAGAAGGGUCAUGUUGAUGUUCUAAAGCUAUUAAUUGAAGUGGGACGAGUUGAUAUAAAUGUUACAGACAAA